GGCAAGGCGCUUGCGAUUCUUUUGCAAAAUUGUUUUUCCGACGAUAAAAUUUGCAGGAUUGAGGUUUCUUCUCAUUAAUGGAUGGCGCUGAAGCUGGUUCUAGUUCUAGAGCGAUUGAUUCGUCUAACGUUGGGUUUCAGCUCUUGAAGAAGGCCGGUUGGAAGGAGGGCACUGGCCUUGGAGUCUCCGAGCAGGGAAGGUUGGAACCAUUGCCAACUUAUGUGAAGACAAAUAAGCGUGGCCUUGGUGCAGAGAAAACAACGGAAAAGAAUCAGCUGGUGAAGGAACCUAAGACUAAGAAACAAGCUGAACAUGAAAAUUUGCAGUCCAAGAAGAAACCCAAGUCUGUCUCAAAAAGGAUAAGGAAGAUGCAAGAGGAGGAAGAACGGUUAAAAGAAAAAGAAUUUGAAAGAGCCUUCUUCAGGGAGUUCUGGCCAGAUAACGUAUGAAGAGGAAUUAUUUUUUUUUGGAAUUUACUUGCGGACCCAACUUAUUCAGAACUGAAGUACAGUUGCGGAAAGCUCAUUCUUGCCAAUUGGUAAUAUUUCAGCGUCGAGUACAUCUGACUCCGUUGACGGUGCCAUUCGACUGCAUGGCAUUAUGCAAGAACUGCACUACUGUGAGAGACCGCCAGGCUUUGACAGCAAUUUCAUCGCUGAUUCUUGCUCCAGUUAAAGCAGUGAUCUCCGUGAGCUUGAAUUUAGAAACAUAUUAACCAAAUGUUUACUGUACUCACAAAUUUGAAUUGCCAUGUGGUUAGCUUAUCUGCAGCUGAUGUCACCUUCUCAAAUUUCUUCACAUACUUGCAUUAUGUCCUAUAAGGCUAUAACAAUGCACGUGUAUGUAUUAUGUGCGCCCAAGUAGCUCAAAUUUAUCUCCACGGGUCUUGUUCAUCUCUGUAACAGAUUAUGCAGGUUUUGACCCUCCAAUUGGAGGAGCAAACGGAUCGCAGUUUGGCUGAGAAUUGAUAUGGAGAAUCCUAUUACCUACUAAAAUGAUAUUGUCUAGUUUUUGUUAUUUUUCUAUUUUUGGUAAAAGGUAAUAUAUGUACCUUUUUCUUUUAUUUUCGAGUCUAUAAAGAACUGUUUCUGGAUGUAGGCAGAUAGCUUUGGGAGAAUAAAAACCUUAGUUUUUGGCUGCA